GAAGUGCGUCGCCGCUCGGUGGGCGGGGAGCAGCGAGCCGCCCGCCGCCGGGAGCCUGUUAGGAGCUGGCGCCUGCGCAGUGAAUGAGCGGCAUCAUCGCAACGGCGCCGGAAGGAGACACCGGAAGUGCGCCGACGCUAAGGGGCGGGGGGAGCGCGAGGAGGAGGAGGAGCCGCUGCGCCGCCCAGGCUUGCUUCAAAGUUCUGUUGGCCUUAAGAAACCAAGCAAGGAGGUGAUGAAUGAGGACAUCCGUAUCCACACGUGGCCCUGCUCCUACUACCUUACCGCGGAGAGACGAUGGAUUUCCGGCAAGCUCUCACUGACGCCCGUUUCCGUCAGAUUCACAGCUGACAAAUCUGGGGAGCUCCUGGCCAGCUUCCCUCUUACAAGCAUCAGCGAGAUCAAGAAGGAGUCCUCCAACUUCAUCUUCAGUUCCCUCACUAUUCUGGAGAAGGAGAACACCAAGCACUGGUUCAGUUCUCUUCAGCCGAACCGCAAUGUGGUCUUCAACAUCCUGGAACACUUUUGGAGGGAGCAGCUGUUUGCCUCUGAUGGGGCUGGAUCUCAGGCCUGUUCUUCUACCCAGACAUCCAAGGGGAAGGAGCUCACAGGCUUGCUGGCAGGAUCUCAGAAACGCUUGGAAGACACUGCAAAGGUGCUGGAGCACCAGGGUGAACAGUUCGAUAACAUCAUGAAGGGACUGAACAAGAUUGAGUCAGAGAUGGAUGUUGCAGACAGGCUGUUGUCGGAACUGGAAUCACCAGCUUGGUGGCCAUUUGGUGGCAAGCAGCUGAAGGGACCAAUAGAGGUCAAGCCAAAGGAGGCUCCAUCAGUUUCAGUUUCUGGAAACAAGGAUGGAGUCAUCAUGUGCAUCCCGGUUAUUAUCACUGAAAGGACAGACUCUAACGUCAAGCCAGGAAAACUCACCCUCCUGGCUUCUGGUCUGGAGAUCAACGACUCCAGUUCUCAGCUCCUUCACCGGUUUGACAAGAAGGAUGUUGAUGAUGUCAAGGUUCACACGCCGUAUGAAAUCAGCAUCCGCCAGAGGUUCAUCGGGAAGCCAGACAUCAGCUACCGACUGUUGUCGGCAAAGAUGCCGGAAACCAUCCCCAUCUUGGAGAUGCAGUUCAGCAAGAAAAUACAGUUCAUGGAGGAUGCUCUGGGGUUUGUUGGGGCAAGGAAGUCUCAGCGGGAAGACUCAGUGGGGACUUCCAUUUGGCAAGCAGCAACCGGACUGAUAGGAAGCAUGGUGCAAAGUGGAUCGGCACCCUCGUCCUCUCGAGGAGCGGGAGCUGGCCAGCAGGCUCAGGUGCAGAUGCAAGAGCCGGUCGUCUCUGACUCCGAGGCUCAAGAACUGAAACAGAUUCUGCGGAAACUCAAGGGCCUGGCCUUGGAAACUGAAACGGAACUGGAAAGGCAAGAUGAAUCCCUUGAUGUCAUCACCUCUUCGGUGGACCGAGCCACCAUGAACAUUGGCAAGCAGAACCGCCGAAUGAAGAGGCUGACGUAGCCCUCCACAAGAAGCUGGUUGCAGCCACGCACGCACAAAUGGCAGAUUGGCACGCAAGCCGUGUGGCCUCAUGUUAAUUGCGCCAGCUGCCGUAAAGCUCUUGAAAGGGGCUCGUGGUUAGAAGGAGAAAAGAUUCCACAAUGGAGGCCAUUUUGGGAGACUGUUUCUGGAUGAAGGGAAUGCUCUCUUACAAUAUGGUGAUGGUAAAAGCAUCAUCUUUCCUGCUAAACUGUCCAAUAAUGUGAAUGAAAGACUUGAGACCACCAUGCUGCAUGCUCGUUGGGAGCUUUGGAAAGAAAUUGUGUCCUGCAGCACAAGCAAUUUAGUCGCAUGCAGUACUGGAUUAGACCAUGGCACAUCGGAGGGUCUUCUGAAGCCCACUCCCAGAAAUGGAGGCAAACUGUGAUUUGCAGUUCUCAUCCUUAACUGGCCUGACUGCUUUAAUAAUUCAAAUCAUUCAAAUAGCACUUUUUGUUUACACAGUUCUAGGGAGGGAGUGGCUGGCAUGUUCCAGCUUUAAUCGCAUGUGAUUAACAAACCACCAAAACCCAAUUUAGUCCUAAGAGCAGUCCUGCCGGAGCCCACUUAGUCCAGCAUUCUGUUGCCAGCAGUGACCAUCAAGGAGUUCCUGGAAGACUCAUCAGUUGGGCGAAGACCAUGGUCCUCUGAACGUGGAGGUUCCGUUUGGCAAAUACGGUCCACAGCCUCUGAUGGACCAUUUUGCCUCCUCUCGUUUCAAAGCCUUCUGCACUUGUUCAAAUUGUUUGUUAACGUAAUUGGGCUGACUGGUCAACUCCAUCUGGUAACCCAGAACUGAAAUCCUCUUCUAGCACUACUGCUUUUUCUGUACAGACAUUUAAGAAAUGGAGUGAGAAAGCCAGUCUUAUGCCUAGGUUGCACCUUAACACAGGGGUUCUUGAACUUGGGUCCCCAGGUAUUGUUGGGCUACAACUCCCAUCUCAUUGUGUCAGGGGGUGAUGAGAAUUGUAGUCCAACAUCAUUUGGGGACCCAAGUUUGAGAACAUAUUUAAAAUGGUUGAAAAAGGAAUGACUAUAAAUAAUACCUGAACUUCAUGGGUCUUGUUGUGUUAGAACAUAUAUAACUAAAUAUGAUUAAACAUCAUGAUAUCACGUA